AUGGUGUCAAUGAAAGAGCUGUUCUGGCUAUGCGGGGCUGCGGUUUUGUUUGUGACUGUUGCUGCUAAUCCAACUUCAAAAGAUGUUCAAAGUGUCCUCAACCUUCUACAGAAUAAGGUUGACCGUCGUCUUCGGCCAGUGUCAAACCAGUCUGAACCAGUUGAUGUAACCUUGACCUUCCACAUCCUCACAAUCACCGGCUUUAAUGAAGUGGAGCAGAAGUUGUCCUGUACGGGGUGGUUGGACAUCUCAUGGAAGGACGAGUUCAUGACGUGGAACGAGACUGAAUACAAUGGCACCAGACAAGUCUAUCCGCCCUCGGACUCGCACUGGCUUCCUUUCCUAGCUGUGGUCAAUUCCUUUGAAGAGAUGCGUCCACUAGGACAAAAUAUCAUCAUCACCAAAGCGUCUUCUGACGGCAUUAUGCACUGGUAUCCCGCGGACUCAUUCAUAACAGCCUGCACCGUCGACAUCAGCAAGUACCCGUAUGACACCCAGACAUGUGAGAUAGAAUUCUUUCCUUGGGGGAGAUCAUCUGAAGAUAUCAUUUUGAAGGUAGGGGAAGGUGUUCUCCUUUAUAAUUACCGUAAAAACGGGGAAUGGGAACUGAAAAAGGUAGAUAUGUACCCGAUGAUGAAGUUUAACGGCAAUGACUACAUCUCUAUGGUGUAUGUCACCUUCGUCAUCCAACGACGCCCUGCGUUCUUCAUCCUGAACCUCAUCCUUCCCGUCCUCCUCCUGUCACUGCUCAACGUCCUCGUGUUCCUCCUACCGGCUGAGUCAGGGGAGAGGGUGUCCUAUGCAAUCACCGUGCUCUUGGCGCUGGCAGUGUUUCUAAGCUUCAUCAGCGACAACAUGCCGAAGACAGCGGAGUCACUGUCUGCACUGUCCGUCUACUUGACCACCAUGUUCGUCAUCAGUGCGGCCAGUGUGGCUGGGUCGAUCUUGACACUCGUGCUCUACCACAGAGACCGGAAGAGACCGAUUCCAACAUGGCUGACUCGCCAUAUAAGCAGACGACAGAGGAAGACGGCCCCCAUUUCUGGAGCAGACGGUUCACAGAAGGAAGACUGCCAGUUUCCUAAAGGUAAACAGACAACCUGGGCUGAUGUAUCAAUAUAUAUUGACAAAGUCUUCUUCUCAGUCUGUAUGUUGGUGAUUGUUCCCGCCACCACCUCACUCAUGGUCCGUAUAUUUGUAUGA